AUGCUUCUUCUUGCAUUGAGCGAUGCUCAUAUUCCAGAACGUGCAAUCGAUGUACCUCUGAAGUUCAGAAAGCUUCUUAAUGUACCCAAUAAGAUUCAACAAGUUACAUUGUUGGGGAACUGUACUAAAUCAGCGUCCUUUUUAAAGUUUGUCAAUACAAUUUCGGAAAACAUAGUAUUCGUCCGUGGAGAAUUCGAUCCAGCUACAGUUUCAACCACCAAAAACCCAGCCGAGGAGAUGCCGCUAAGUACUGUCAUAUCCCAAGGACCUUUCAGAAUUGGAUGCUGCAAUGGCUAUACUUUAGUACCCAAGAAUGAUCCUCUAUCAUUAUUAACAUUAGCCAGACAAUUAGAUGUGGAUAUUCUACUCUGGGGAGGAACGCAUAAUGUCGAGGCAUACACGCUGGAGGGAAAAUUCUUUAUAAACCCUGGAUCAUGUACAGGAGCGUUCAGUACAGAUUGGGUACAAGAAGAUGUAGAAGAAAAUUACAAAACUAGCGAACAACAAGAACCAGCCGAGGCUUCAACGAAUGGUUCGAAUCAGCAGCCGAAGGAAAUUAAAGAGGAAAUUAAAGAGCCUUCAAACAACGACUCAGAAAAAAGUGGUGAAGAUAAGGCUGACAUUAUAGAGGAUAAAGGCAAUUCUGAAGAACAUCUACAAGAAGGGAAAGAGUAUGAACAUGAUUCCAGUGAUGAUGAGUUCGAUGACAUUGACAUUAACGGUGGAGGAAUCCCCAGUUUCUGUCUUCUGGAUAUCCAAGAUAUCACCUGCACCCUAUACAUUUACACGUACGUGGAUAACGAAAUAAAGGUUGAUAAAGUAGUUUACAGGAAGGAUUGA